GUAUUACUCAUUAAACCUACUUCAAAACAAGACUCUCCUUCUCUGAAGUGUGAAACAAUCCAAUGGAAAAGAUGAUGCAGCCAGAGGAUCAACAAUCUCCAUGGUUAUUCUAUGAAGAGAUGAACUCAACUUUUGAUCAAGGUGUUGAGUUAUAUGGCUUCACCAUGAAUAACCAUGUUGAUUUUGAACCUUAUGGCUUCACUAUGAUGGAUGAUCAUGUUGAUGAUUGUGGACUCAAUACCCUAUUGAGUUCUCUAGAGGACACUACUUCUGAAAUAUGCUCCAUCACCUUUCCUUCCUCCCACAUAUUCCCCAAUGAUCAUGUCCAAUUCCCAAUCAAUGAAGAAACCCUUUACCUUCCAACACUGAUGGAGUUGGAUGAUUUUGAUUCCAUAUUGAGUGCUCAAAUUGUUAGUUCUCAAGGUGAAAGUGAAGGGAGUUUCUUCCCUUCACAGAAUUUAUCCUCCAGUGAGGUGGAAAAUGAUGCAUGGAGUCCUGCCUUAUCUGUGAAUUCAGAAUCAUCCUCAAUUCAUACACCACCUCUGACUUUACCACAAGAACACAUGGAAAUUGACAACCAAGUGAGUCUUCCACACUUGAUGGAGGCUUGCGGAGAGGCCUUGGAGCAAGACCAGAAAGCACUGGCAGAAGUGAUUUUGAAGUGCAUGAGCCAGAAAGCUAGUCCACUUGGUGAGUCUCUAGAGCGCCUUGCAUUUUAUUUGUCUCAAGGCAUAGCAAAUCAUGGAGACUAUCUCAAAGGGGAGGCCUUCAAGAACUUUAAGCCUGCUUUGACGGCACUCUAUCAAGGAAACCCAAUCGGGAAAGUUGCUCACUUUGCAGCUAUUUCAGCAAUUGUUGAAGCCUGGCCACAAGAUUGUGAUGUUGUGCACAUAGUGGACUUUUGUAUUGGACAUGGGGAGGAAUGGCCUAUUAUGAUUGAAGCUAUUGCACACAUGCACAAAACAUUGAAAUUGACAUCAAUCAAAUUGGUUGAUCAUGAUGGCAUUGAAUAUUGUUCCACUCCAUGCAAUUUUGAGGAAACUAGAAGGCAACUAUAUGAACAUGCCAAAACUUAUGGUGUGAAGUUAGUGGUAGAGGAGAAAGGAGUGGAGGAACUUGUUGCUGAGAUUAACAAAAGGGGUCGGAGAGGAGAGUUUUUGGUCUUCAAUUGCAUGAUUGACCUUCCACACAUGGGAAGACUAAGAAGUAGAAGACAUGCCUUAGAGUUUCUAAGGGUAGCUGAGGAUUUGAUCAAUAGCUCUGGCAACAGGGGAAUGAUCACUUUUGGGGAUGGUGGUGCUUUUGAGAAAGUGAAAAAUUGCUUGAAUUUCAAGUCAUUUUUUGAUGGACAUUUGGUGCAUUACCAAGCCUUGUUGGAGUCUGUUGAAUCACAUUUUCCAUCUCAUUUCUUAGAAGCAAGACUUACAAUGGAGCAAUUAUUUUUGCAACCUUGUAUUUCUUCUCUUGAUUGGUUGCAAACAUGGGAGGAAAUGAAAAGGGAUUGCCAUGUUGAGGCAAAGAUUAGCUUAGAGGGUUGUAGAUUGGGCAAAAAUGUUUUGAUGGAAAUCAGAGAAGUGUUGAGAGGAAGUGAAGGUUCCUAUCAGACCAGGAUUGAAGAAGAAUAUGACAAUGAACUGGUUUUGGAGUAUAAAGGAACUCAACUAUUAAGAUUUUCAACUUGGAAAAAAAACUAAGCUAGAUGGUUACUUUUUUGUGUGUGUAUAAGUCAGAAUUACACAAUCAGAAGGUAGUAGUUAUUAUAAUUUGAUUUGUACAGAUUCAUGCUCAUAUGUACCCUUAAACACAUUAUAUAAAGAAGUUCAUUCUUUUUUCCCAUGAUA